UCUAUCCCUAACUCAGCAUCUUAGAAAUAUCAUCAAAUGAGUUAACCUCUAUUCUCCUUCACCAUAUCCUAUAAAUACCCUUCUCAAACUCUAUAGAAAGAAAACAAAACAAAUACCACAUACUACGAUUUGCUCACCAUUGCCAAAAACAUAUAUUCCAACUUCUACAUUAAGCUCAAAAUAUGGUCAAACGUUUGAUUGGAAAGCUCAAAACUGAAUAUCUUCAACUAAUUCCUACAUACACAACCCAAAAUGCUGCUGAAAUCGUCGAUACGCCGCGUGGAAACACAUCAUUGGUGCCAAAUGAUGUGAAAGAAGGACACUUUGCUGUAUUUUCAGUGAAUCCUGAAGAGGAGCCACAGAGGUUUGUGGUGGAGUUGCAAUGGCUAACACAUCCAUCAUUCUUGAAAUUAUUGAAAGAAGCUGAAGAUGAAUAUGGAUUUAGACAAGAGGGUGUUCUUGAAUUCCCUUGUCGUGCUGAAGAAUUGGAGAAGGUUCUUGCCACUUGUGCUAUUGCUGUUUAAACUAAAUUAUCUACAAGUUGCUAAAAAUAUCAGACAAGGAAACGGUUGAACAUAAUUCUUUACGAUUUGAAUAGAAGGAAAUGAGUAUGCAAAGAUCUAAGUUAUAUUAGUUCAGUUUUAUUUUACUUUCUUUAAGGAUAUUGUCACUAUGCUAUAUUGUCUUAAAUAUAGUGUUUCAUGUAACUGUUUACUCAGAAUGAAUUGGUGUGGUACCUGUAAUUUUAUUUUAAAUAAAUAAAGUGGUAUUUCCUUAAUUAGAAUGGACAAACGAAAGCUAAUGUUAAUAUUCA